AUGGGUGUCACGGGCCUAUGGACCGUCGUCGCACCCACGGCCCGCCCAACACAACUGGCUUCAUUGAAUCGCAAACGUCUGGCCGUCGACGCCUCGAUCUGGAUCUACCAAUUCCUCAAAGCGGUGAGAGACAAAGAAGGCAACGCGCUCCGGAACAGCCAUGUUGUCGGGUUCUUCCGGCGCAUCUGCAAACUGCUGUACUUUGGGAUCAAGCCUGUCUUUGUAUUCGAUGGAGGCGCACCCAUCCUCAAGCGUGAGACGAUUCGAAAACGCGCACGGCGCAGGGAAGGUAGACGGGAAGAUGCUGCGCGCACGGCGGGAAAGUUGCUCGCGGUACAAGUCGCUCGAGCGGCGGAGGAAGAGGAGAAGCGAAGAAAGGCCGCGAGAGACACAAAUGCUGCAAGAGGAGAUGACGAACAAGAGGAGUUGCCCGACGACGAGGAGCUGGUGUACGUAGAAGAGCUGGGCAUGUCCGCACGUGAGCGACAAGCUGGACGAGGCGAAAAGUUCCGCAGGAAGGAUCAGUAUCAUCUCCCAGAUUUGGAUGUCAGCAUUGCAGACAUGGGCGCACCAAACGACCCGAGAAUCAUGUCGCAAGCUGAGCUGGAGGACUACGCGCGGCAAUUCCACAGUGGCGAGGAUGUGAAUCUCUACGACUUCAGCAAGAUCGACUUUGAGAGCCCUUUCUUCCUGUCUCUGCCUCCGGGCGAUCGGUACAAUAUCCUAAACGCGGCCAGGCUGAGGAGUCGUUUGAGGAUGGGGUAUAGCAAGGAACAGCUGGACGGAAUGUUUCCAGACAGGAUGGCCUUCAGCAAGUUUCAAAUCGAGCGCGUAAAGGAGAGAAACGAGUUGACGCAGAGGCUCAUGGGUAUAAAUGGGAUGAGUGAAGGAGAUUGGUUGAUGCAUGGCGGUGGCAGAAUCGCGGGUGAGAAAGGAAAGGAGUACAUCCUUGUGAAGAAUGAUGGUGUGGAAGGAGGAUGGGCGCUUGGUGUGGUGAGCGAUCGCAAAGGAACCAAAAAGGAGACUGCGAUCGAUCUGGAAGAGAAAGAGGGCGACGAUGAUGGAACAGAAGAUGAAGAGGAGAAUGAGGAUUUUGAAGAUGUCGAGAUCGAGGGGUUGAACCGCAUUCCCAAAGUGUGGGCGAAAAAGAGGAAAGCGGCGGAUCUGGAGAGAGACGCGCCCUUUGAUAAUGCGGUUGAGGAAAUCGCACGAAAGAGAAAGGCGGUUUAUGAGGCGAGGAAGGCGGCUUCGAGGAUCGAGUCGGCUCGUCCGGCAGCACCCUUGCAAGUGACAAGCCAGAGGGAACACGCAGUUGCAGAAGAGGAUGACGAUGCUCUGUUCGUGCCUGAGGACAAACCUGAUGAGGAGGAUGGGGCCGAUGAUUUGUUCGAAGACGUUCUACCGCCCGGUCCCGUUGAAGAAGACACGGAUGAUGAGCUACAGCGAGCAAUUGCAAUGUCACUUGAAAAGGCUUCGGAUGAAGAAGAUGCUGGUGGGUUUCUACAGGAACAAUCCAAGAUGUUUGAAGCUGAAGAUGAAGAUGACGACGAAGGUUUCGAUCUACAAGCAGCACUUGCAGAGUCAAGAAAGUCGAAGCAUGUUGCAAAGACGAAUGUCAGAGAACGCAUCCCAAUACAGAAGCCAAGUCUUCCAACACCACAGUUUGACGGACCCCUACCCUUUGAGUCCAUCAAUCUUGGGCACUCCCUACUUGGUAAAAAGAAGUCGAAGAAGAUUGAAGAGGAUUUAUCAGGAGGGUUCGAUCGUGAUCUGGGGGAAGACGCCUUCCGCAAAGAAAGACCACCUCAACCAAUGCCCGACUGGUUCAACGCUGCUCCUACCACGAAGGAUCUCAAGCAUGCGCCGGAACCGGACAAGGAUGAUAGGAUCGAACAAUCUCAGAAGCUAGAUACGAGCAUGAAUGACAGAAUUCGCCGGCAAGGUCUGAAAGAGAUCAUUGACCUGGAAGCAGAAGACGACGGAAAGAAGAAAGAUGAUCACGUCAUCGAGAUCGAGGAAGAUGAUGAAGAAGAGAUCCCAGAAAUGACUCAGCAAUCUCAUGUCAUCUCCGAGCCCGAACUGCCGCAGCAUGAUAUCUUGAUCGUUGACGAGAAAGCGGAAAAGGAACAGCGAAAGCGGGACGAGGAGAGGGAGAAGCGCUACGAUUUGGCACGGCAAAUUGCAGCAGAGAACGACACGGAUGCUAUGUCGAUGGGUGAUGUGGCGGAGAAAGUCCAAGCAAAACCUCCGCAACCAUCAGACGUCCCUAACUUCAACCCUGCUCCGGAACCCUCGGCUGCAGAACCAGCCACUGGUGAAGCAGCAGGCAGUGACUUUGAGGAAGUAGACUGGAGCGAGUCUGAUUACGGACAGCCAGCGACACCUGGAUCUCUGGGGACGGUGGACAAUGAGGAGCCGAAAGACAAGAUACCUUCCACUGCAAAACAGGCUUCUGCUGCUGAGGAGGAUGACGACGACGAGGGUGAAGCAUUCGAAGAUGUCCAGAUGUCCGCACCUCCCGCGGCCGCGCCCGCCAUCCAACAGACUCUUGCCACAGAAAUAUCGAUGGACGACGCACUGAACGACCAACUUAUACUUGACGACAGUAAUAGUGCGCAGCCUCAGGGUACCAUUGUCGAAGAAGACUUCGACUACCUGUCUGAAUCCGAGGAAGAACUCAUGCGCCAACUUGCCGUUGAAGCGGAAGAACAUGCACGAUUUGCUUCGUCUCUGCACAACCAAAGAAUGUCCGAACAAGCGAUGCGCGACUACGAAAACGAACUGAAACAACUGCGUAAUCAGCAGAAGAAGGAUCGCCGUGACGCAGACGAAGUAACCCAAGUCAUGGUGCAGGAGUGUCAAGCUCUACUCCGCCUAUUCGGCAUACCCUAUAUCACGGCGCCAAUGGAGGCAGAAGCUCAAUGCGCUGAGCUUGUUCGCCUCGGUCUCGUUGACGGCAUCGUCACCGAUGAUUCCGAUAUCUUUCUUUUCGGCGGUACGCGCAUAUACAAGAAUAUGUUCAAUGCGGCGAAGUACGUCGAGUGCUACCUUGCGAGCGAACUUGAGAAAGAGUUUUUACUCGACCGGCGACGGUUGAUCCGCUUCGCCCAUCUCCUGGGAAGCGACUAUACAGAGGGCAUCCCGGGCGUAGGACCCGUCACGGCAUUGGAGAUCCUGACCGACUUCGCGACGCUGACCGAGUUCAAGGAAUGGUGCAGUCGUGUUCAACUUGGACGGCCGCAGGAUCUAGAAGAUCAACUUACGACACCGUUCCGGCGAAAGUUCCGAAACACGGUGCAGAAGAGACUGUUCCUCCCGCCAGGCUUUCCCGACGCGAGGGUCGACGAGGCAUAUUUGAACCCGGAGGUCGAUUCAGAUCCCGAGCCGUUCCAGUGGGGUGUGCCGGAUCUGGAUAAAUUGCGGAGUUUCCUCAUGGCCACGAUCGGCUGGAGCCAGGAGCGUACGGACGAGAUCCUGGUGCCGGUGAUCAGAGAUAUGAAUAAACGUGAGAUCGAAGGUACGCAGAGCAAUAUCACACGGUUCUUCAGUGGUGGAGUUGGUGUAGGGGGCCGAGUGGGCGGUACCGGGCGCGGGGCAAUGAGCGGUCUCGCGAUGGGUGGCGAAGGUCCGGGCAAUGCGGGCGUUGAGGGCAUGGCACCACGUAAUAGGACAGGCAAGGAAUCCGGCAGGAUGAAGAAUGCGUUCAAGAGAUUGAGAGGCGAGGCUGUCAAGCGGAGAAAAGGGGACGAGUUUGAAGAGGCCGAGCACGAGGAAGAACAAAUCCUAGAUGGUGUCGGAGAGCCGGCUUUUGUCCAGAGUGAUUCCGUAGAAGAAGAUGGUGGAGCAAACAAGACAAAGGUCCCUUCUAGGACAAGAAGAGGUCGAAAAUCCGCCGAACAUAAAAAUAAUGAUCAGGCCGAUGAGGAGGAGGAGGAGGACGGUGACUUUGCAGAAGAUGAGGGGCCUAGACGGAAGCAGAAACAGAAGAAGACAGCGACUUCGACGAGGAAACGAUGA